AUGGAAUUGCUUAUCCACUUGACACUUGAUAAUAAUGUAAUCUGCCUCAGCCUUGGCGACGACGCAUUCGCCAACCCUGUGUCUCUUUCUCUUGCGCUAAACGCGGGGCUGAAGUCACCAUACCUCUUGUACGAACUACUCGCAAUCUCUGCACUUCAUUUGGCCUUCCUGAAUCCAACACGGUCAGAUGUACACUGGCAUCAAGCCAUUACUUUACAAAGCCACGCACUAGCUAUAUUCAACUCAGAUUAUAAGGUUAUCAACGAAACAAAUUGCGUUGGUAUCCUUUUGUUCUCCUCCAUCCUUGGCCACCACCUUCUUGCCGACACACUAGCGAAGCGAGACCCCGGUGGCCUCGAAACCUUCAUGACAAACUAUAUCCAUUGUAUUGAGAUUCAUCGAGGAAUUCACACCAUUGCUAUGACUGCCUGGCCGCAGCUGAUGAAGUCAGAGCUUGAGCCUGUUCUCUCAGCAAGUUCGCGCUUUACAUCACGCUCGCCAAGAGGCUGUGAUUGCCAACGUAUCAUUGAGCUGGUAGAUACUUGCGAAGAAUUGGAUGUUGACGACAAAGGGGCUUGUCAGAUCAUGAUUCGACAUCUCCAAGUAGGUCUUGAUGCCGCCGCAACAGAGCAACAGCAGGGAUACCGACACUACAUGAUCUACACAUGGUUAAUGCUCGCUCCACCAAGUUUCAUUGAUUUGCUGGACAAGAAGAGACCAGAGGCAUUGAUAUUGUUAGCGUACUAUGCGAUUUUGCUACAUUAUGGCAGAACCAUGUGGCAAGUCGGCGAUGCAGGAGUACAUGUCUUUAAGAUGAUUCGUGAUUAUCUUCACCCACAGUGGAAGGCAUGGUUGCAGCAUCCACAGGAGCUGAUAUUGUCCGGAUGA